AUGUCGUCAAGAUCUGGCUCCCACUCUCGCCGCCCGCGUCCACGUGAACCUCACAACAGCAGCCGCCUGAGUUUCCCAGCAGUGUCCGUUCCACUCCCCGGGGUGCGUUCCUUCACUCGACAGGGGGACGACUUCAUCACCUCACCUCUCCCACCACCACAUUCGGGAGGCUUGGCGAGCCUCGCUCGGAGAGCUGAGCGCAUCCGCAGCAUUGACGAAUACAGCGGCUUCCAGAGAGCCCCCGACCAGUCCGGCAACGAGCAAAACCUUCGCGCGAACAGAACCCACAUUGACUCUCUGUGGGCCACGUUUGACGAGCUAGACCAAGCUUCCGACCUGACGAAUCUGCAGCUUAGGGACCUCUUGGACCUGACGAACCAUAACACCAUGAGCCACACCUUGCCACCAGGCAGCGCCUCGCCGUUACCGAGAUCUUUUGACCCGCCAGAGGAUAACCGCCGGAACAAGCGACGGAAGAUUGAUGCUGACCGACUUGCUCCCACCAUCUCGCGCAUCCGCUAUGGCAAAUACGGGUCGGUUGAGCCUGGGGCGCUGCGGAUGGAAAUCUUGAGCUGCGAUGGAGGCUCGUACACAUCGUCAAACCCAUCUUCUUAUGCAGCAGAGAACCUCUUAAAGAAUGAUGAAACCGUAUACUGCACUAAGGGAAGCAGGUGCAAUGUUGUGCUCCGUCAUCAAGGCGGGGCACCCUUCACUCUACAUGAGCUCGUCAUCAAGGGCCCUACUUCAAUAAAUUAUUCGCAUCCGGUACGCGAGGGCAUGGUCUUCAUAGCUAUGCGCCAGGAUGAAGUUCUCACCCGCACCGCUCAAUAUCAGCUCGACUACUCGCCCCUCCAUCAACGAGACCCGCUGGCAACAACUCCAGAGCGAGAAAGCCACCCUGGCAGGACCAUUCAUUAUAACCAUGAUGGGACGACCGCGGCAAGAAUCAGGCGGGCUCAUGCGAACGGAAGUGAAGGCGAAGGCUACCGCAUGGUCAAGGUGCCCCCGGAAUUCUCCUCCAACAUCCCCGAGUUUGGUGUAACCAUACUGUGCAACGACGACGACCUGGAUGAACACGGCCGCCACAUCACCCGUCGAGCCCCGAACCGAAUUGGCUCCCUCCCCUUUGAGUCCCGUGACUCCGAUGAAGAAAAUAACAAUACCAACGCCGCCAGCAACGACAUGACCUUCAACUACAGUCCCUCCGAAUUGGAUUUUGACGACUUCCUUGCGUCCAACCACCAAGGAAACCCCUCCCACCUCCUCAGACUCGCUCGUGAGCAGCGUGAGCGUCGUGAGCGUCGUGAAGGCCAGAGCCAACGCCAAAGCAAUCUGAGCCUAUAUCAACUCCCGAGCCCGAGCCAAAGCCAAAGCCAGAGCCAGAGCCAGAGCCAGAGCCAGAGCCAUACCUCGGAUUCCUUCUCCAUGUCCUUCGCAGAGGCACUCGAGGCGCACAAUAAUGCCACCCAAGAGGCAGUGCGAGCAGUCGGCGGCGGGCUCCUCACACCCCAUGCUCGCUUCUACAUCGACAGCCGCAGCAGCACAUGCUCACUCACCUUCGACCCGCCAGUCUCAGGCCGGUUCAUCCUCCUCAAGAUGUGGAACUCUCACCUCGAUCCCUCCAGCAAUAUCGACAUCCAGACUGUCAUGGCCCGAGGCUACGCGGGAGGCCGGUAUUUCCCCACCGCCGAUUUCCUCUAG